UAGUAUAAAUGAACCUUAGAGAAGGAAUCACGUAUUUCACGUAGUUAAAAAGUUUAAAGUAGAUUUCAAUGUUUUAGUGCUUUUAACGAAUUUGUGAUGUGGUUUAUAAAAUUAUUCAUAAUUAUAACGUUAGGUACAAUUUGUAUCGCGUAUAAUAUAUUGCUAGUGUCACCAUUGCCAAGUGGAAGCCAUGGAAUAUUGGGUGAUGCCUUUAUCAGAAUAUUCACGAAUGCCGGUCAUAAGGUUACCUUUAUUUCUUCGAUGACAAAAUUAAAAUCAUCUUCAAAUGUUACAGUAAUCAACGUAGCUUCUAAUAUAAAAACGUUUCCAGACGAUUUAUUAAAUAUCAAAGCAAUAAUGGACCACCAAUCGGAUAUGAGCGACGACAAUUUAUUCUUCCCUAUAAUGGACAAUCUAAGUUUGGUCACGAUGCAAAUGAAAGAAGUACAGGAAUUAUUAAACGACGAAACACAGAGUUUCGACGUUGUUAUUGCCGAAUGGAUGUAUAAUGAGGUGUAUGCUGGGUUAUCAACGUUGUACAAUUGUCCAUUAAUUUGGUUUUCAUCUCUUGAACCUCACUGGUUAUUUUUGAGAGUAGUUGACGAAGCACCGAACCCAGCUUAUAAUUCGGAUAGUAUGUCAGCAAAUGUUAUUCCUUAUACGUUUUCACAACGUGUUCAAGAAUUGUGGCUUCAGAUAUCUAAAAGCUUCUAUCGAGAAAUAUGGGCAUACAAAGAUACUGAAGACAUAUUUAACGAAAUUUACACGCCACUGCUAUCGAAAAGAGGGCGACCGGUUCCAAAGUAUAAUGACGUGAGAUACAACGGUUCUCUGAUACUGGGCAACUCACACGCUAUUUUAGGUCAAGCCACAAGAUUACCACAGAACUAUAAACCUAUUGGAGGCUUCCAUAUAGAAGAAAUUGUGAAACCAUUACCAGAGAAUUUGAAACAGAUCAUGGAUAACGCAAAACACGGUGUUAUUUACUUUAGUAUGGGAUCUAAUUUAAGAAGCACGGACUGGCCUCAGAAGAUAAAGAAAGAAUUACUAGAAUUAUUUGGCGAUUUGAAACAAACUGUUCUAUGGAAGUUCGAAGAAACAUUGGCAGAUUUACCAACUAACGUUCACAUAGUAAAAUGGGCUCCUCAACAAAGUAUUUUAGCACAUCCCAAAUGUGUACUGUUUAUAACACACUGUGGCUUACUAUCAACAACCGAGGCAAUAUAUUUUGGCGUCCCUAUAAUAGGGAUCCCAGUUUUCGUCGAUCAAUUUAUUAAUGCAGAAAGAGCGGCCAAGAAAGGAUUCGGCAAGAAAGUGAGCCUAUCUUAUUCACUCGUUAAUGAAUUAAAAGUUGCACUUAACGACAUUUUGAAUAAUUCGAGAUAUCGUGACAAAGCAAAGGAAUUAUCAGCUAUCUACCACGACCGAAUAUUGAAACCUCACGAGGAGAUCGUACAUUGGGUAGAACACGUGAUUCGGAGUAAUGGUGCGACUUACUUACGCUCCCCAGCACUCAUGUUAUCCUGGUACCAGAAAUUGUAUCUUGACCUUCUAGCAAUCAUUAUUUCCACAAUAAUUAUAGCAAUUGCUAUCAUUAAAUAUUUAAUGACGGUGAUUCAGCGACAAUAUAAUAAGACAAAAAUUGAAUAGUCAACGUUACCAAACAAGAUUUUUUUUUGGAUAAUUUGUGGGAUUUAAUGGGUGAUGACUUAGAAGGUCAUAUAUGUCAUUAUUUUAAAGGUAAUACUGUUUUUUCUAAUGUAAAAUUGGUAAUUCAAUUGAUCUAGAAAUGACUUUUUAACUUCAACCAGUGAAGUAUCGAAUGCCCGUAUCCAUAGGUGGAUAUUGCCGUGGGGGUUAUUACCGACAUUCGUGUACCAAAAUCAUAUUGCAUUACUUUCAUGCUAUUUGGGAAUACAGAAAGAUUUACGUCAUUGUACAGAUGCAGUGUAAUCUUGCAGUUAUUAUUUCCCGAUUCAAUAAAAACAAUUGAUUAUUGCAAUUAUAAUAAAAUAAAUAAAAGCCGCUCUAAUUGAUGAGAUAACGCCAUCUAUUCAAAGAAUCGAAAAAUAAAUUAAGCUACAAAAAGUUAUGACAUGAUGUGAGAUUUGAAGUAGUUUUUCACUUAUUUAGAAUUUGACUUCCUACAUCGGUGUGUUACGUAUUUUGUUACGUGUUACUACGUAUUACGUUCCUCCGUUGUUUGUUCCGAUGUAAGGGAACGUACCCAUACUACGUGACCCGCUUUGGGGGGGGGGAGUCUUUAAAAUUAUAC